GACUUGUUGAUUAACGUUAUGGUUACAUCGCCUGCUUGUGCUUGCGGCAUACUAAGAAGCCUCUUGGGUAUUCAUUGUAAAACUGCUGGAAAUUGCAUACGUACGAUAAAAGGAGGAUGAAGGCAGAAGUUUUUUGUUCCGCUCGCUUCGAAGAAGUAGAGUGGGUCUUCGGCAGUGAUCUGCUUUGCGAAACGCUACGUCACUGAGAAACAUUCGCUUACUCCCUUCGUUCGGCAUCCGAUUAUUUGGCUGUGUCGAGUUGCGCUUGCGUCGCUUUGUACUUUUCCGUAGCAAGAAGAACGCCAUCGGAAAACCGGGGUUGCUCGCGAUGUUUAUGCCUACUGUCUCUCGUCCUGUAGCGCGGCGGUCGCUGCAACUGCGAUGGGCCGUACUGCAGGCACUGGUCGCGCAGUAUGUGAUCGGCUGGUCAGCGUACACGCGGCGAGACCCCAGUACGUAUGACAAAGCUUGGUCGACGGAGUCGAAGCAUGAUGAAGCGAGGUCUCGAACGGACUGUUGGUGUGAUACAAAAAAAGGAACGAAGUAUUUUUGGAACAACAUGCUGGCACAAAUUAGAUUCGGAGUUGAAAACGAGCAUCAGAACCCGCACUGGGUUCACGGGGUGUGCUCGAAAGCCUACCCCUACAUCUUCAAGAUGGUUUCAUACGAUGACAACGACUCCUUCAUUCUCAACACAGACUGCAGUGGUACCCAUGGAUGACCAUGGAUAUUUAUUUGCAAUAUUGAUAUUGAUCAAGACCGUGUGCGAGUCGUAGAUGAAACCAGUUUGAUUUUUACUUGUUUCGCUGCAGAAAGUGUCUUAUGAAAUUUGAAUUUGUUUCUUAUGAGCACAGGAGGAAAUCCAUAAAUACACUUAAAUCAGCCGGUUUAUUGUCGAUGAUCGUGGUGUGCGCGCGCUCGACUGCACUGGCAGGUCGAGAGGAAUCUGAUGCAGAUAAGUGGGUGACGCUGCCCCGCGUGGUAGCAGAGGAGGGGGAGAGUGCGGAUGACGUGGCACAUCCUAUGGAUUUUCGGACAUGUCGCGAGCUAUGUGAUGCAAACGCAGAGUGCAAGUCAUUAGCGCAUGGUCCCUAUGGUUGCCACCUGAAAAAGAAGUGCGUGAACGCAGAUACGCCACUCGCGCGCGAGCAUCUUUUUGAGGACAUGCCGGAGGCAGAAAUCUACAAGACGCAUUACAGGAAGGACGAUCCUGACUGUGCGCCGAAAGACAGAGGUGCACUAGGAAAUGAAAAUAGAUAUUUGGUAGGCGAGCACGAGACUACUGCCGUUACUCGGAUACCCUUCGGACUGCCGAAUGUUUCCGGCCGAAAUGAAAAGCCUGAAUCCAAGCGGUAUUGCAUAUUCGUGCUGUUUACGAAAAAUGCUAGUUUUGUAGCCGUGUCUUUUUUACCCUCGAUUCGCUCCGGUACACACUACCGGUUUCCGGCUGCGCGCAGCAAAGGCUGUAUUGGGUGUGAAGCCCAUAAGAAUGACACAUCAAUUGCACAGAUGUUCGCUGACUCUGAUGCGCUUUUGAGAAUAUGAUCUUGUUCGUAAAAAGCUUCUACUGUGCUGUAACUUGUGGUCGAAAAAUCCGUUGUGCAGGUACGACUCGCUACCGGAGAGCAAAAAAGAGGAGUUAGCAAAUUUGAUGCUUUUCACGAUUCGCACUGGAGAAUUUUGCCUCCAUUGUUUGGAUGAUAGCAACUGGCCCUUCACACUUCGAGAAAUAAACGAAAACUACUCUCUUUUCCUCGAAGACCGAGAGAGGUUUACCUGGAAGCGAGCAGACCACGGCCUUGGCACUGGCAUACGGCCCCUCGUGCACGUGGAUAGCGGUGAGGCUGGUAUGCAUUCCGGUUCAACAGAUGCAGAAGCAGUCGCCGCUGGUAUCUACUCGCUACAAGAAGCCAGAGAUUCUGGGGAGAAUGCGGUGGAGGCCGUGUUAGACCUCAGGCAUAAGUGGGCACUUCAGAAAUUCCAGAUAAGGUGGACGCGCGCCAUCGACUCUGAAGUAGGCUUUUGGUACGGUCGAUUAUCGCCCGACCCCGAGACGAACUUACGGAUCGACUCACGCGCGCGACUGCAAGAGUGGCUGCAGUCUGGUGCGGCGCCCUGGGCUUAUGACGACAUGUGCAUGUACAUCGAAAAUUGUGGCUCGAGACGAAAUCGGACGUCCCUCCACAUAUUGAACGCGGGUAGUGGACCUUUCGCGCCCAAGCAGCUCACGUGUAAGGACCUGAGUUGGCCUGAUGGGGACUUUUCCCGACUGUUGAAGACAAGCCCAAUAAGGCUCAAGCAGACCCGUGAUCAGGCAGGAACCGUGUGUGUAAGUGGUACCGAGGAGGGUUACGGUGGGGGUGGUCUACAAGAUGGAGGUGCAGCGAAGAAAUGUAAGAGCGUCGAAGAAUUCCAAUCAAUUUUCGACGACGAUGGCGCAGCUGGAGGCAACGUAGAUGACACUGGCUCACCAUCUGACGCGGGAUCGUCCUGGGGAAGUAUGGGGUCAGCAUUAUUGGCCUCGAUGACAGGCGGGGAUACGUCACCGGACGAUGUAAACGCUUUGCGAGAGGAUACAGCCGGCUCUGAGUCCAAGGCUGCGAUAAGGUCUCCCACCGCGAAAGGAAUAUCCGUCAGGACAGAACAGGAAGCCACACUGUCGGAGCUCACGAUACCAAUAACGUCGGCAGAUGGUCUGGGCAAGUAUUAUCUCCAGCUCUACGACGGUUUCGACAUGGUUCCGCCAACGAACUUGCCCGUCAAUUGCCAUGUCGAGAAGCUCUCCGAGUGUUUUCCAGUCAAUUACUUCGACAUAACGCACAUGAGGAACGCCCUAGACCAUGUUUUCAAUCCGCUGAUUGGGAUACAUGAAAUGCUGCACGUGACAAGGCCCCGCGGCUACGUGCUAUUGAGACAUGCACAAAACGAAGGCGUGCCAGGCGAAUUUCGAGUGGGAUUGCACCAAUGGGCAUUCGAUGUGGACGUGAGAGAGUAAUUCGGCUGUACUCACCUCUAUAUUGCGUAAGCAAAUACAUGCCUUAAUUAGAGUUAUUCGUGGAUGGGUUGUGUGCACUCACAUUCGCCUGAAGGCGUGUCGUGGUACUUCAACGAAAUGAGUCCGAGUUUCCUUCUUUGACUGCCACUGUUUAGGUACGUAACGCGUCCGGUCGUCGGAUUUCCAUCGCCGCAGCGAGUCGGACGGGGGCACUUCGUUAUUUGGAACCCGGAACUUCGUCUGGACGUUACCGAAUACCUGCUCAGUCAUAACCUUGUUUCAGAAAUCGUGGCCGACUUAGUUCCGCACCCAUCCGGAAAUGCAGCUCCGGAAGAGAAAUUUGUCUGGGUUGAUAUCGUCAAGUGAACACGGUGAUAUCGUCGGAUCGCUUUCGUCGUUGUCAUUGUAGAGAUAGGUUUGGUUCAGAGGUGCAUCCGGAAGAUACGAGUUCCGAACGGUUUCAACUGUAUGGCCUGAAGCGCCAGUAUCCACGACUAGUAGGUUUCAAUAUUGAUGACUAUCUCCUCGAGAAUAUAGAUGCGAUGAAAUGUGAAUAAUGCUCCGCAUAAUGAUGAUGCUUGUGUGAUAUUCCUUGCAGGUCUAAACUAUUCUAUCAUCGUGCUGGAUUAUGGUCAGUGUGUGCUGUAACUUCAGCCAGAGAGCACAUAUUAUGUUGGAAUUUGUCAUGCAAACGUACGAGACCAUGUCUGUUAUUGCAGACACUUGGUCAUGAUCCGCUGUUCUUAGUUCGUCCCAAUCCGUGAUGCUGCGGAGACCACAUGCGGUGCCCUACGCUUAUUGUUGUCGG